GUACAUUCAGCUGCACAGGAACCGGUUACCCCACAUUCCAUGCCGCCACAAAGAUCCGAGAGUGGUCACCGAGCCCAGAAGAAGAGCCAACCAUGUCCUCAACAAGAGCAGCCCUGGUCCUGAUAGGAUUUCUUGGGGUUUGUCAGGCGAUAAAAGAGUGUGGCAUGCCUCAGGUCUCCACCCGGAUCAUGGGGGGGCAGAGUGCGCUGGCCGGUGAGUGGCCGUGGCAGGUGAGCUUGCGACGGAAUGGAUUUCACUUCUGCGGCGGGUCUCUCAUCAGUCAGUCGUGGGUGGUGUCGGCGGCUCACUGUAUAGAAAGUGAUGUGACGACCUCCUCGCUCACCGUCCAUCUUGGGGCCCAUCAAAUCUCUCUGCCAAAUGCUUCUCGAGAAAUCUCUGUGCAGGUGAAGAGAAUCAUAAAGAACUCUGAAUACAACAAUAAAGAUUUCACGGGUGACAUCUCCCUCAUCCAGCUGGUAGACAACGUGACCUUCACACCCUACAUCCUCCCCGUCUGCCUCCCCACGACCAAUGUAGUCUUCCCUAUGGGCCUCAUGUGUUGGGUGACCGGCUGGGGAAACAUUCGGUUUGGUGUGAGUCUUCCGAGCCCCCGGACUCUGCAGGAAGUGCAGUUGCCUCUGAUUGAUACCAAGACCUGCGACGAGCUCUAUCACAUUCAGUCUAGCACCAGUACCUCAACUCCAAUCAUCUCGGAUGACAAAAUAUGUGCGGGAUACAAAGCAGGUGGCUACGACUCUUGUCAGGGUGACUCUGGAGGCCCCUUGGUUUGUUCUGAGAAAGGACAAUGGUUCUUGGCUGGGUUGGUGAGUUGGGGAGAAGGAUGUGGCGUGCUGAACCGUCCUGGAGUCUACACCAAGGUGACUAAUUUUGUGGAUUGGAUUAAUACGAACUCUCAAGACUCAGAAGAGAAUACUAGGAAUGUCACCUUCACCAACGUGGUCAAUAAACAGGCUUACCUGUCCACCUCCACCUCAACCGGCAGAAAAAUCGGAGACACCUUGUAUGUGUUUCUAGUCUGGUCCAUCUUGUCUCUACUCAUCACUUACUGAGGUCUACUGAUCAUGCUGGAUAUAUGGAGGACUCCUUCACACCUGAGGAGCAGGGCGCAAGAGCCAAGAAGACCCCUCUACCAGCAAUGAUCUCAAUAAAUCACAUGGCCUCAGCUGGUUGAAAGUCUCCUGCCUUACUAUCUACUGGAUUUACCUGUA